AUAUACAUAUAUAUGAUAGAUAUAUAGAUGACAAUGGACUCCACCACGGUUAUUUGAUCGUUUCUUGGUUAAGUUCUUAUGAUUGUUUUUUUUUUGUUCACUUUUUGUUUAAUUAAUUAAUGAUGAAAAACGCAAAGGCCAAAAAUUCAAGAACAAGCUUGGGGCGAUUUAGCGAUCAAAGUGGACUAUUUGAUCUUGUCGUUCGACCGAUGUUACAACAGGGGCAUGAAGGGGAAUUAUGCGGUUGGUUGAAAGAAAUGAGCUUGAUUCGUACGGUCUCCAACUGCCCGCAUUCGGAUUGUAAAGGACGUAGUUUAACAUGGAGCCCUGCAAGAAUUGUAGACAAAUAUAUUUGGUCUUGUCCUGAUUGCACGAGGAAACAGUCCAUAAGGGAAAAUUCUUUCUUUCUUGGAAUAAAGUGUGACCUGAAAUUGUGCCUUCAACUGAUAUUAGGAUGGUGUCAAAAAAUUCCUUGCGAAAUUACUGCUUCUUAUUUAGAUUUGAAGAAACAUGUUGUUAGAAAGGCAUACGAACGAUGUGACGAGGUUUCCGCAAUCUAUGUUAGAAAACAUCCAGAGGAUUGGUUAUUAGGUGGCGAAGGUGCAAUAUUAAUUGUGGAUGAAUUUCCUGGUGGUUAUAUGAUGGAACGUCAACCAGAUGUGAAUUCUGCCAAAAAACGUAAUAAUAAUUCACACACAAUAAUAUGCGUGGCGGAAGCAAAUACAAUACCACCUCGCAUAUGGUUACACAUGAUUGAGGCUGUACCAGAGCCACAAAAAAUUGACAAACUACAAACGGGAGUCGACAAGAGUAACAUGGUAAAAGAAGCUCUGAAGGAGAUUACAAAACACACAAUACCAGGAAGUUAUAUAGUAGCAAAUGAUCGUGCUCGUUGCUGCAGUUAUGAAUCUUUACAGAGUCUAAGGCAAUACAAAAUUAUCAGUGUCGAACAAUUACAGAAAUUCGAUCCACCUGGUAAAAGUAAACUCCUUGACAAUCUCGAAACUAUUUGGCAAAAUGCCAUCGAAGUUUGUGAGGAAGUUCAAGAAGCUACGCAUACGUCGGGCCAACAUAUCAUCGCUAGGCAUUUGUGGAGACAAAAAUUUGGUGCAUUACCUCCUACCGCGUUUCAAGAUAUGCUGAAUCACAUUGCGGAAUAUUAUCGAUUUUCUUAAGGUUAGGCACAAAUAUCGAAAUCUCUUUGACAUCAUUGCAUUAUAUAUAACUGCUGUCAUACAUAUGACAAACUAUUUUUCAAGAUACACUAUAUUUCAUUAUUUCUUUAUAAGUAUAUGAGCUUAUACUCAUACGUACAAGAUGGACAAAUGGAUCAUAAAGCGGAUUUAAAUAUUUUAGAUUGUAUACAAGUUUUACGAGAGUUGCCUUAUCAAAUAUUCAUAAAUGAUAUAUAUGCAUUCUACAAAAUUCAUUUUUAACUUGUGGAUAGCAAAAUAUAAAUGAUUAUAUCGUUAAGUCUUCCAAAUAUUACUAAGAUAUUACUCACACAUUAUAUAAAAUUAAGCACUGAUAAUAUUGUUAAUGUAUUCGAAUGUUAUGAUUAUAUAAUGAAAAGAUUGAUGAUAUGCUAAGAAAGCGAAAUAUGAGAUGGUAGAAUUUGUAACAAGUUAUAUCUAAUGUUUUUAUCUUUAUAGUAUUGGCAGAAACUAUAUAUAUUAAAAGACUGACGUUGACUCUACCAAUGUAAUAUUAAAAUAAUUUUGAGCCCAAUAUAAUAUAGCAAUAUUAGUGUAAAUAUGAAAUUAUUAUACGUACUCACAAUAUGUUUUCUAAUUGAAGAGAUAUUAAGUGUUUUAAUCUUAGGUGAAUCUCUUGUUUUUCUUAUAUCCUCAAAUAUUCAAAGACGCACAAAAUUAAAUUUAUAAUAUAACUUUUUAUAUAUUUUUACAGUGAAUUUCUCUAUUCUAAAAUUACUGAAAUUAAAUACUUUCUCUAUUCCAUUUCUUCUUAGCCCUCACUAAUUAUGUGAGAUUAUCCAAAUGUGAGUAGUAAUAAAGCAAUGUAAGAGGGUAAAUUUAUAGAAAGAAGAACUUUUAGAAUGGAGAAGUUUAAUUGUGAAUUGUUUUCAUACAUAUGUUUGUUAUAUAAUAUCAUUUAGCUUUAUUGUUGGAUAUAAUUUUGUAUCUAUAAAAGGGUCGAGCAAUGUUGCAGGACUCAUACUGUAUAAUCUGUUUACAAUUUAUCAAUUACCAUGUAAAAUUAUAAAUAAAAUUUGUAAAAAAUUAAA